AUGCUGUUGCCCUCAAGGUCGUUUUGGACCUUGAUGGUCUUAGGGGCGAGUGUUGUGCGGUCUGCUAUUAAGACUGACGGCUCCAGCUCCGUCGAUCCUGUGUAUGAGGAUGAUCCGUCUCCAAUUGGCGAUAUUGAUACCUAUUAUCCUGAUCAACAUGACUGCCCUCUUCCCUGUGCCGACUUUUCGAACCCUCAUAGUUGGAUUCCAUACCUAUCUCCUGGAAGACUUGAAAGAUGCAAGGAGCCUAUGCUUCUCCAACUUUCGGUCUCACAACCUGUGGACAACCCAGACUCAACUAUUGUCAUCCGCAGUUGUACUUACGGGUCAAACUCAACAGGUCUUAGAGCAACGUCUCAGACCCGCCUAGAGAACCCUAAAAAGUCAUCAAAGCUGUAUCAGGGUGGUUCUCUGAAGACUGCUGCGGCCUGUGCUAUCGAUGGAGAACCCUCUGAUGUCCAACUUCGCUCAGUUGAAAGUGGAGACAAGACCGAGAGUUCUCGGACUCUCAAACUUCUUGAAGGUCUGGAAAGGUUCUUCGAAGUGCAAGACAAUUGCGACGAGAAUUUCCUUUUUUCCUACCAUCAGAAGACAAUCGUUGGUAUCUUCAUAGGUACAGGUCUUGGAAAGCCGACUGCGAAGUCAGCUAUCGCGGCAGUACAAAAGAAGAUUCGUUCUACUGGAGCAUCCUCUGAGCGCAUGACUGUCGAGUUUUGUAAUGGCAGAAGCAGGCCUGAACAGGUUUUUGGUAUCUCCAUAAACAAAGACGGGAAACUGCACAAAGUCCAAAAACAACUUUUGGAAUGGAGCCAAGGAAACUGUGCAAAUGGGGCGUCAUUAUUGGCCAAGCGCAUCUCAGGUGUCAAGUUGUUUGACAUUGUUGGUAUGGAAGGGUUUGAGGACAUUACAGAUGACUCUGCAACUCCCAUAUCUACUCCAACCCCCACACCGAAGAGCAUUAGCGCUCGAUUGUUGGGCAAUGUCCUGAGCAAAAGAGCUACAUGCAAACACAUACAAGUUGAGUCGGGCGAUAGCUGCGCUGCGCUUGCUGCUCGAUGCAACAUUCGUGGUGCAGACUUUCUGAAAUACAAUCCUCAGAAAAACCUGUGCGCAACCUUGCAAGAGGGCGACUACGUCUGUUGCUCUUCUGGUGAUCCAUACAAACCAGAGCCUCCCAAGCCCGGCGCAGAUGGGACAUGCGCAACCCAUCUUAUCAAGGAUCGUGAUAAUUGUGCAGCUUUGGCGAAAAAGGCUGGAGUCACAGUUGCAGACCUUGAAAAGUUCAACAAGGGCAAGACAUGGGCUUGGACUGAUUGCAAAGAUUUACUUGUUGGCUACAACAUGUGUCUUGGCCCGGGAAAUCCUCCAAUGCCUCCACCACAAGAGGGCGCAGAGUGUGGACCUUUGGUACCUGGUACGAAGGCUCCAACGAACAAGUCCAUCUCGAUUGCAGAUCUGAAUCCUUGCCCGUUGAAAGCUUGUUGCAGCAAUUGGGGCUUCUGCGGUGUCUUCCCCGCCCAUUGUGCAGACCAUGCACCUGAAGGUGGUGGUCCUGGCUCGAAAAAGAAGGGCUUUCAGACAACGUGUGUCUCGAAUUGUGGCAACAAGAUCAAGCAGAAUUCUGGUCCUCCAUCGGAAUUUCAGCGAAUUGGCUAUUAUGAGGCGUACGGUUUGGAUCGCGAUUGCCUCUGGCUGAAAGCGAAGGAUGCCAAUACAGAUGGUUCAUAUACUCACAUCCACUGGGCGUUUGCGUCAAUUGAUCCUACUACCUGGAAGCCAGUGAUCAAGGAAGGCAAAAGUCAGUGGGCGGAUUUUAAGAAGCUCAAAGCGAAGCGAAUUGUCUCUUUAGGUGGAUGGGCUGACUCAACCGCCCCUGGUAAGUACAACAUCAUGCGUUCGGCUAUCAUCAACAACCGAGAGACUUUCGCAACGAAUCUUGCCAAGUUUGCAGACGAAGAGGGGAUUGACGGCAUUGAUAUUGAUUGGGAAUACCCUGGCGCUCCAGACAUCGAGGUUGAUGGCAAACCCAUUGGGCAGAAGCAAGAUGGUCUCAACUACCUGCGAUUUCUUACUGUUCUGCGCAGAAAAAUGGACUCGAACAAGCUAGUUUCCAUUGCUGCCCCGGCAUCGUACUGGUAUCUGAAAGCGUUUCCCAUUGACAAAAUCGCGGAAGUCGUGGAUUAUAUUGUCUACAUGACUUACGAUCUACACGGACAGUGGGAUUAUGGUAACCCAAAUGCUUAUGAUCAAUGCGAUUCUGGGAAGUGUAUAAGAAGCCACGUUAAUCUGACUGAGACAAAUAACGCAUUAUCUAUGAUCACCAAGGCCGGCGUCCCAAACAACAAGGUAUUUGUUGGUGAAGCUAGCUACGGAAGAUCCUUUCACAUGGCGCAAGAUGGUUGCUGGAAGCCUGACUGCGAGUUCACGGGCUCUAGGAUUGAGUCCGAUGCAACUCCUGGCAGAUGUACCAAGACCGGAGGGUAUCUGGCUUUUGCCGAGAUCAUGGAAAUCCUCAGAAAGGGUGUCGAUGGAUUGAAGAUAUUCCACGACAGCGUUUCAGAAUCAGACAUAAUGCUCUACAGAGGCGACUACAUUAGCUACAUGACACCGAAGACCAAAGACUCAAGACGCGCAACGUGGAAAGGGUUGAACUUUGGUGGUAGCAUUGACUGGGCUGUGGACUUGCAGAAGUUCACCGAUGCCGACUUUGAUGCCCCUGUCAAAAGGCCAGACUCUGGCGAAGGCUGUAUCUUGGGUCGUGACGAAACCGACAAUACCGGGUUUUUGUGCUCGUUCACCUGCAGCUAUGGAUUCUGCCCUGAAUCUCUUUGCACUUGUACCGACUUUGGACCUUUAAAAAAGUUGCCAGGGGAAGACAAAAGCAAGAAUGCUCGAGCGUUUGAUGAGGAAGACGCUGACAUGAAUCGCCUAUGUCGCUUUGCCUGCAAGUACGGCUUUUGUCCCAACGACACGUGUACCACUGAGACGGAGCGCAAGAACGACGAUGAGGAUGAAGAGGACGAGGAUGAAGAGCCCUCGUGGGACGAUCAACCUAACUCAUACAACUAUACCGAUGUUAGGUGGCAGAAUGCGCACAAGUGUUUCAUCUACCAAGAUGUGACCCAAGGCGACGACAGCUUACUUCCAUGCAAGAAUAUUUGCCAGCCACUACUAGAUGAGGCUGAGAAAGAAGGUCGAACGUCGAAUUACGGGUGUGUAGGUUUGUUCCCUCUUGACGAAGAGAUCCCAUGGAGAAAAGCUCCUUAUUCAUCCGAUAUGGUCGCUCCAGGAGAAUGCAACUGCGACAACUUCCUUGUCAAUUACUUUGCGGAUACCGUCAUUGAUGCUCUGCCCGUUAUUGCUCAGAUCGGAUGUUAUAUCCUUAUGUCGUCGUUGAAGUUUGUUCUUGAUGUCGGAACGUCCUUCAUUCCUGGCCCUGGCAAGGCGCUUGAUGCAGGUCUAGAUAUGGCGGCGACAGCAGCUCAAACUCUUGCGUACAUCUACCCUGAGGACGAGAAACCGGAGGAUGCUUUUGCAUGGUGGUUCAGCGGCUGCGGUGGAACAGACCUUGUCCCCGACGAGAUCAAGCAGAUUUUUGAUAUCUUGAAUAGUGUACCGACGGGUCGUACAAGCUUCAAGAUACCGAAGAACUUCAAGAAAGGUAGCGGUAAGAAGGGCGAUGAAGGUAAUCCAAGAGCCGCUACCAAGCCACCGAAGCAGUCGAAGCCUAAGAAGAACAAGGGCGGCGGCAUUACCAAGCCUAAGCGCUGCAGCGUGAGGCCUAACAGGGCAACGGUGAGACUCGGCGGUGGCAAGAACACAUUGCGGAUUAUGAGCUGCGAUAGAAACUCCGACACCCAGGUCAGAGACUUGAUCGUCACGUCAUUGACGUACUCGGCAAAUGCCCAACCACUCCCCGUGACACGCACAUGCGAGGCAAGAUGGGACCAAGCCUGCUAUCACUACAGCUCUGCCAUCAAGAACAACCCAUCAUGGUCAACUAUUACAUGCCCACCAGAAGCCGCAACGCCAACAUAUCGCCUGAAUGGCCAUGCAACUAAUGUCUACAAGAAGGAACAUCACCAAGACUGGAAAGAGGCUUCUGUGCGGAAGUACCAAAAAGGCUGUCAGAUGGACGAGUACCCUCCAGCAUACCUGAUGUCGAGGCGCGAUCCAUUUUGGCUGUAUGGUGGAAAAGACAGACGAGGCCAGCGGAUCAGGUACUUGCCAGCAAGUGACAAUGGAGGGGCUGCAGAAAUGUGGAAAGGUGUUUGCUUCAGGGACGCACUGAUGACGCUAACCGACGCUGAGUUGUGGGACCUUAUCAAGCGUGGCAAGAACAAACAGUCAACCUACCCAGCACCGAACAAAGAAGUCAUGAUGCUGGAAAUUGACAUUAAUGUGCGGCCUGAGUUCUCGCUGGCUUAUGAGCAUGAGAACAACCCAAAGCCAGAUGCUGGGUUGGCCUCUAAUCCAUGUUUGCCCGACUCACUACUUGUGGGUGACCCCGGUUUUGCGCUUUUGUCACUGGACGAAUGGUAUGACAAAAACCCAGCAGGGCCAAAUGGGCCGGGACCAAAGUGGGACUACUCACAGCCUUACGUAAAGGGGUCGAACGGAGACUGA